AUGUAUCUUGCGGUUGGCCGCUCCACCGCAAGGGAAGUAUGGUGCUCCAUUGAGAAUGCUCUAGGCUCAUUGACGAGGAUCCGGUGCCUCAACCUUCUUGGUCAAUUUCAGGCGCUUCGCCAAGGGGAGAUGUCAACUGCCGAGUAUCUCGGCCGAGCCCAACUUCUCGUCGAAGACCUAGCGCAGGCCGGCCGGCCGAUGCCUCUUGACGAGCAGAAUCUGUACGUUUUUAGGGGGCUCCGGUCGGAAUUCCGGGCGAUGGCCUCCUCUUUGGCUGUAUCCGGCACUCCGGUCAUUCUCCCUCAAUUGUCGGACUACCUACAAGCUCAGACGUUUAUCCACUCCGACAACUUUCUGACCGGUCCGGGGAUUGGAGCUCCUACGGCGAUGGUUGCCACUCGGGGCAGGCAGAAUGGUGGAGGCAGACAGAAUCGCGGUGGUGGUCACCCCAAUCAGUGGCAGAACCGUGGUGGUGGUCGUGGUGGCUCUCCUCGUUGUGAAAUUUGCCGGUCACACGGCCACACUGCCAUUUAUUGUUUCCGGCGGUACUCCGAUCAACCAUCACCACCGCAGGCAAAUGUCGCAGUUCCUUCCGACGACAGUUCUCCACCGGAGGUUGCGGCUUGGUAUCCUGACACCGGCGCAUCCUCUCACGCCACUCCCAAUCCGGCCAUGAUGUCGCAAUCCGAGGGUUACACCGGCAACGACGUCCUUCGCAUUGGUAACGGUACAGGUUUAAGUAUUUCUAGUACUGGUUGUGCAACGAUACCAUCUGUCUCUAAACCUUUAAAACUGUCCAACAUUCUACAUGUUCCUGAUCUUUCCGUUUCAUUACUAUCUGUUCACCGGUUCACCACUGACAAUAACGUCUUUUUUGAAUUUCAUCCUGAGUAUUUUGUUGUGAAGGACCGCACAACCAAGGUGGUGCUGCUUAAAGGUCCCAGUUCGGGUGGUCUCUACUCUUUAACUGUUCCGCAGUCCCAUUUGGCGUUUUUGUCGGCUCGGGCUUCCUCCGCUGUUUGGCACUGUCGUUUAGGCCACCCGCAUAAUCGUGUCUUGUAA